AUGAAAUAUAGGAGUCGAUAUUAUUAUAGAUUUCUAUCCUCUCAAGCUCCUAUUGGAGAAGUUGAUAUACCUUUUUCUAACGGGAUUUCACUAAAGUUAUCUACUGGUAAAUACGCAAGAUUUGCGGAUGGUGCGUGUGUAGCAACAAUAGGGAACACAAGUGUACUAUCAACGGUUGUUUCUAAAGCGAAACAAAGUGCUUCCAAUUUUCUACCUUUAGUUGUAGACUACAGACAAAAAGCUGCAGCAGCUGGAAGAAUACCAACCAACUUUUUAAGGAAAGAAUUGGGACCAACGGAAAGAGAAAUCCUCACAUCCCGUCUAAUCGACAGAUCACUACGGCCGUUGUUUCCAUCGAAUUAUAAUUUUGACACACAAAUAGUUUGUAAUAUGUUAGCCGUUGAUGGGACAAACCCUCCCGAGACCGUUGCUAUUAAUGCUGCAAGUGCUGCACUAGCUUUAUCUGAUGUACCUUGGAAUGGACCCGUAGGAGCUGUGAGAUUGGGCCUAAUCGACAAUGAGUUGAUUAUAAAUCCAACGAGAAGAGAUCUUGAGACAUCAAUACUGAACUUGGUUGUGGCGGCCACAACUGGGAACUUGGUCGUCAUGAUGGAGGGAAGCGCAAAGGUCAUACUCCAACAAGACCUGCUGAAGGCUAUCAAACUAGGUGCCAAAGAAGCUCAGAAUGUCGUACGUGGUAUAGAAAAAUUACAGAAAACUCACGGAAAAAUGAAAAGAGAAUAUGAGAUACCACCUGCCCUCGACCAAAAUGUUGUAGACUCAAUAAAGACAUUAUCUUCUAUGAAGAUUAGAGAAAUACUUAGUGAUUACAGCCACGAUAAGACGAGCCGUGACAUCGCUAUAUCAGAGCUGCGGCAGACGGUCCUCAACCAGCUGAGAGACACAGAAGUCGACGUGACCCUACUACAAGAAGGGUAUAAUAAUAACGUGAAGGAAAUCUUCAGGGAUAUGAUAUUCGAGAACGAGGUGAGGUGCGAUGGUAGGGGACUGGAUGAGCUCAGGAAGAUAUCCUGUGAGGUAGGUCUGUACGAGCCUCUCCACGGCAGCGCGCUGUUCCAACGAGGUCAGACCCAGGUACUGUGUACCGUGGCCUUCGACUCGCCGGAGAGCGCGCUCAAGAUGGACCCUCUCACUAUGAUCACAAGCGGUGUAAAGGAGAAGAAUUUCUUCCUCCACUAUGAGUUUCCUUCGUACGCGACGGGCGAGGUGGGUCGCGGGGGAGGGGGAGGUGGUGGGCGGCGGGAGGCUGGACACGCCGCGCUCGCUGAGAGGGGGCUGCUGCCGGUCGUACCGCAACACCAGUGUACUGUGAGACUCACCGCCGAGGUGCUCGAGAGUAACGGUUCGAGUUCCAUGGCGUCAGUAUGCGGCGGGUCCCUGGCGCUACUAGACGCAGGCCUGGCGCUGUCUGGGCCCGCCGCGGGGGUUGCUGUGGGCCUCGUCACACGAUAUAAGGACGGAAAGAUCGAUGACUAUAGGAUACUCACUGAUUUGUUAGGUAUAGAAGACUACAUGGGUGACAUGGACUUCAAGAUAGCUGGUACCAAGAAGGGUGUGACGGCGCUCCAGGCAGACGUUAAGAUACCCGGACUACCGCUGAAGGUUGUUAUGGAGGCGGUACAGAAAGCCAGCGACGCUAAGAGCAAGAUCAUUGAUAUUAUGAACGACUGUAUAGACAAGCCGAGAGAGGGUCGCAAAGAAAACAUGCCGGUUAUAGAAGAAAUGGAGGUAGAAGUACAUAAGAGAGCGAAGUUACUGGGAGUGGGCGGAGCUAACGUUAAGAGACUGUAUCUAGAGACUGGGGUUCAGAUAACACCUAUCGACGAGACUCACUACCGUGUAUUCGCUCCGUCGCCGGCCGCCUUAGAGGACGCUCGCUCCAGACUCGCCGCUAUACUAAACGCUACUAGAACACCGGAGAUGGAAUUCGGAGCUAUAUAUACGGCUAAGGUGGUUGAAGUGAAAGACAUGGGCGUGUUGGUGACGCUGUACCCGGACAUGUCCCCGGCGCUGGUCCACAACACGCAGCUCGACCAUCGGAAGAUAAUGCAUCCAUCAGCGCUCGGCUUGACCGUGGGCUCGGAAAUACAAGUCAAAUACUUCGGUCGUGAUCCUGUUUCCGGUCAAAUGAGGCUCUCGAGGAAGGUUCUGACGUCACCUCCACCGGGCAUAGUCAGGAACCACGACAAGAGCUAG